UCACGAUGCAAAUGAGAUAGGGAGGAGGAGGAGCAAUGUCGUCUUCUUUGCUGCGGUUUGAAGUCUCAAGGCCGACUUCUUCUUCUUCGUAUAAGAACUUAGUAAGCUCCCGCAUCUUCGGGCUUGCUACGUUUUCUUUGUCAUGGGCAAGCAACACACCUCACCACAUAAACACAAAGCGCAAGCAAAAGCUCUGUGUCAAAGGUUCAGCACAAGAGAUUCCGCAGCAACUAGAGGAAGAUUCAAAGUUUGUACCUUUGGAUCCUGAGGAUCCUCUGUUCGGCCCUCCUGUUUUGCUGUUGCUUGGAUUUCAAGUUCAUGAAGCACAGAAGAUACAAGAGCUUCUUAAGGAGCUCGAUGGCGAAUUCAUGAAGAUUAUGUUCUGCACAGAAGAUAUGAUCCCGCGUUCGUUAUGGGAAGCAGUUAACACAAGACAGACUGACCUCAAGAGAGUUAAAAUUGCGGAGUCGCUGCCACGGAUCUGCUUCUUGUCUGGUUUGACAGGAGAAGAGAUGAUGAUGUUCAUUGAUGCAUUUCCAGAAACUGGGCUAGAACCAGCUGUGUUUGCAGCUAUGGUUCCGAACAGCGCUGAUAAACCCAUCUCAGAGUUGAUGGAAGAAAUCAUGGGAGAUCAUGAGUUGUUGAACGGGAGCGGUUCCAGCUGAAGGUUUCUACUGAUGAAGAGAAGAGGACAGCUCGGGAAUGGCUCUGUAAGUCGGCUCUUAUGAGUUUUGUUCCGCUAUGGGAACUCACUUGAUCAUAUAAAGAGUGUUGUGUUACUUUUAUUUACAAAACAGAGAGAAUUUAGUCAUUUGAUUAAUCUUCGUGUACAUUACAAAACACUACUUACGUGGAUAAAUAGUCAGUAUUUGUCUGAUAACAUAAAGUUACAAUGAAAA